UCUCCAAGCCACAGUAGCUGCAAUACUCCAAAGAGAAGUGCAACAAGAGAGAGAAGAGAAUAGAAGAGAGAGAAGAGAAGAGGAGGAGAGAGGAGAAUCGCUGCCACUGGAAAGCAGCAGCUGAGCGCCUGAGCCUGCAGCUGCAGUAGGAGCAGAAGAGAAGCAAGAAACGAGAGAGAGAGAGGGAGGGAGAAAGCGUUGGGACUUUUCAUUGGAUCCUUCGCUUUUGGGAGGAGGAAGAAGAAGCCAGCAAGGUCUCGUCUUUCCUCUCUUCCUUCGCGCCGGCGAGGGGUUGGAGGAGGAGGAGGAGAUGUUUCCGCCUGGGCUGAUCCACCACAGGCCGGACGGCGGCGACGGGGGGAGGGCGGCGGCGGGGGGCGCGGGCGGGCCGAGCCUGGUGCUGACGGCCGACCCCAAGCCCCGGCUUCGGUGGACGGCCGACCUCCACGAGCGCUUCGUCGACGCCGUCGCGCAGCUCGGCGGGCCCGAGAAAGCAACACCUAAAACUAUCUUGAGGACAAUGGGUGUGAAAGGACUCACUCUUUUUCAUCUGAAGAGUCAUCUUCAGAAAUAUAGAUUGGGGAAACAGUCUGGCAAAGAGGCAUCAGAGCAAUCUAAAGAUGCGUCCUAUCUUCUAGAUGCUCAAGGUGGAAUGAGUGUGUCUCCUAGAGUUUCCACUCAAGAUGUGAAAGAAAAUCAAGAGGUCAAGGAAGCAUUGAGGGCACAGAUGGAAAUGCAACGAAGACUGCAUGAACAAGUGGAGGUCCAGAAGCAUGUGCAGAUCAGAAUGGAAGCCUACCAGAAGUACAUCGACACUCUACUAGAGAAGGCGUGCAAGAUCGUCUCCGAUCAGCUCGCCUCGAGCGGAUUCAGCAUCUCAGAUAAUGAUCUCCCAGAGCUCUCCGGUGGUGGUGGUGUCAUGUGUGGCUCCACUGACACACUGACCUCCGCCAUCUUCCACCAGCUCUCUGUCAGCCCAAUCAACUUACAUAACCCUGAAGGCAAGCCGAUGCCAUCGGGCAUCGACGGCCAAAUGAUCCUCCAGAAAUCGCCUGAGCUGAAACGCAAGUCCUGCUGAACCCAUAUCGUUCGACGACGCAUUAAUCUGGAUGCAACAACAGUUUUCAAGCCAUGCAUGAGUAGAUUCAUUGUCAGAUUUCUGAAAGAGGAUGGAGGGGGAUGUCUCUGCCAAUCUUGCAGAGCCCAUCUUGGUCUCUGGCUAGUGCAUGUCAAGUAGCAAGGUUUAAUUUCUCUCUUAUGACUUAUUAUUACGUUAUCAAUCCAAUCAGCAUAUCUUAUAUAAAAUGCCUAAUGUGCUAGAUUCAACUGCCUUCCUUGAUAAAUAAUAUUAUUUAUUAUCAUGGGAUUUGGGUUCUGACAUGUUUAACUGAUAUAUCCAUCUGGAACAUUUCGA